AUGGGUCCCCUUCCGCUCUACCUGGCCGAAUCCCUUGACAAGAACCCAGCCAAGAAGGGCCGCGCGGCCAAGGUCAAGGUCAAGUUUUCCAAGGCCGAUUACGCCCCGCUCGCUGAAAGCGUCGAGUGCCGCGACGUGUGGCGUAAGGUCAUGUUUCCUGCCCUGGUUGAGGGCCGGGAGUGGAGUGCUGAGGUAAGCGAUGUCUGGCGCAAGGUGGUUCUUCCCCGCCUGAUGAGUGGUAAGCUGCUCAACUAG